AUGUCUGACAUCUCCCUGGAUCAAACGGCCGUUAUCUCGAAGUUUGUGGAAGGUCCUGCGUAUGGCAAGCAUCUCCAUCUUCAUACCCAUAAGGAUAUGGCAGCUGAAAACAUCAGGGUUUUCGCUUCUCAUGUUCGGGUUGACAGUCUUCGGCCUCGGGGCAUCAUCGCAAUCACCAGUUUGACCGCCCAUUCCGACGGUUUCUUCUUCAAACCGACGAAAGCGUGGAUCGCCCUCUUCUACUCGACGUCCUUGGCCGCAAACCUAGUCGGCACAUGUCUGUUGGCGUACCUAUUAUGGUCUUCUCGGGAAGUUGAGACUUUCAAUGCUCAAUUCCGCAACACGCCCAUAGUCGUGCGCGUCAUGAUGGAGUCUGGGAUGCUAUACUCCGUCGUGCUCGCGGCCACCCUCGUCCUCUUCGCCUGCAACCUCAACGCGCAAUACAUAAUCGCAGACGCCCUUCCCUCCGUCAUCGCCAUCUCCUUCUACCUGAUCAUCAUCAGGCUGGCGAUCCAUCGAAGACGGAUGGCGGUGAUAAGCCCAGGGGGUCAUCUCAGUCAAGCUACCAGGCCGGUUCCACGUGGCCGGCCGCUGGAUAUCGUCCUCACGAAGUCUACGGAAGCAAUCGACCGCGCGGGUCGACGGGAUCAGAGCGAUGAGGACGGCCCGGAAGGGCGUGCGGAAAGGGCCGGAUCGAGCGAGUAA